CGGGGCUUCAUACUGCAGUAGUUACGCGUACUGUAAACAGGAAGUAGUUCACGGGAUUUUCAACCCUAAGGCGGAGUCAUGGGUAAAAGUUGUAAAGUGGUUGUUUGUGGCCAGGCUGCAGUUGGUAAAACUGCUGUAUUGGAGCAACUUCUGUAUGCCAAUCAUGUUGCAGGCUCAGAGCCCAUGGAGACCUUGGAGGACAUCUACAUUGGCUCCAUAGAAACUGAUCGCGGCACACGGGAGCAGGUGCGUUUCUAUGACACCCGAGGACUCCGCGAUGGGAUGGAGUUUCCUCGACAUUACUUCACUUUUGCAGAUGGCUUUGUGCUUGUCUACAGCAUUGACAGUAAAGAGUCGUUUAAGCGGAUGGAAGCCCUAAAGAAAGAAAUCGACCGUCACCGAGACAAGAAAGAGGUGACCAUUGUGGUGUUGGGUAACAAACUGGACAGGCAGGAUGAGAGGAGAGUCGAUGCUAACAUGGCCCAGAACUGGGCCAAGAACGAGAAGGUGAGGCUGUGGGAGGUGUCGGUGGUGGAUCGGCGCACGCUGAUUGAACCCUUCGUCUACCUGGCGAGCAAAAUGACCCAACCACAGAGCAAGUCCACCUUCCCUCUUAGUCGCAAUAAGAACAAGGGAAGUGGUUCAACAGACAGCUAAAUGGGCAGAUGCUGAUGCUACACUGAAGUCAGAGAAGGAAGGAAGGGAGAGGAGAGAUUUUAGAGCUUCAAACCUAUUUGUACAUACUGAUGUAUAGAGGUAAAAGGAGCUGGUUUCAGGAAUGUAGAAAGAAAGUGGGAUGAUUGUAUGGAUUUUUUCAUAGAAUGGGUGCUCUUGAUGUUACAACGGCAUCUAGAUUUGAUGCUUUUGAGGAAUAAGACAUUAUCUUAACUGAGAAUGCUGAUCAUUUUUUAUAUCAGCAAAGAAAUCAAGGAACUUAAUGCGUUUUAUUUUUCAGUCCCAUUUUAUUUGAUUGGGAUUUGGUCCAACUAUUCACAUGCAGUCUUUGAGGUGAUGCUAAGUUCUUGAACUACUGACAAUCCACAUUUCGAGCUUAGUUUCAACAAGACAUCAGACUUUCACUGUAUAAAGAACUCAUCUCACAUGUUCACUGCUGCAGUUUUAUCUACAUGAACACUACACGCAUUCUCAAACAGAGUUCACUAUGUUAACUUAUGGUUGCAUCUCAAAAAUGCUGAAUAUUCAUGUUGUAAAGAUACAAAAUAUGAAGGGAUUUUAUUGAUAGAGUUUUGAUGAUGUACGGUAACUUUACUGUAUGUUGAUCCAGAGAUUUGUCACACCUUUUAUGUUUAUCACUGAUUAACAUUCCUUCGACAUGUAUUGCCUUCUGCACAGUCUUUAUAAAUGUAUAUGUGGUCAUAUGAAUCGAUGUUUCUGCAGGCACAGGUGCUACGUUUCUGGUUGGAACACAUGAAUGACAUUGAGGGUUUUUUUUUUUUUGGUUGACGAAAAUGUUAAAAUUAAUCCAAAUGUUCUUCGUCACCAACCACUGAGCCAAAAUAUGUGCAGCUUUCAAUGUUUGUUUUUUAAAGAGACAUCAACAUUGUGUUUGUGCCAGAGUUAAUCAGAGUUCUGUACUGUUUAUGGAACUUUUUUGUUGUAUAAAGUGAGGCUUUUAUGCCAAGAAUCAAGCAAAUGAUAGUCACUGGAGUUUUGUUUGCAGUUCAUGUUCCAUCAUUGUCAUAUUUUGUAAAACUAACUCACUUAAAAAAAUGCAUAUCCACUUUAUUUUAGGAUGAAAUGUUAUUAGGCAUUUAGAAAUUUAAGGCAUCAUAACAGAGAAAAACACAUUACUUUGGCCAACCAUUAGGGAAACUCGACGAGAUGGCGUAAGAUAAAUUGUUACACUCGGGGUAUUUGUCCCCAAAAAUGGCAGCAAUACAUAAAUGACAAUACAAAUAAUCUACAUGAAUUUCUUCCAACUCUUUUUUGCUUUAUUUUUUUUUUAAUCAAGUGUAGACCAGAUCCUAAAGAUCAAUAUGAAUUGAUUUUUUUUAGGAAUUUAGCCCUUUAAAUGACAGUGUAAGUGCAAACCCCUGUGUAAAGUAACCAUGUUAUUAAACAUCCCAUUUUUUUUCAUUUACUUUUAUGCAAAUUGAAUUUCCUUGACUACAGCCUUGAAUAUGUUAAGAAUGAGCAGCAACUUUGAUUUAUUUAGAAAAAAAUAACUUAAGAUUUUAAUAAAUUGUUUCACUCAGCGUGUAAGUGACCAAAAAUGAACACCAUACAAAAGUAGGAGAAAAAAUACUAUGCAUAAAAAUAGAAACAACAACCUUUUUGUAUUUAUUUUUUAAACAAGAU